CUAAUUGAGUGACAGUAAGUAGGUACUGGCUUUUAAAUAUACUUGCCGAGCCCGAAUAUUCCCACUAUUAACUGCUAACAGUAUAUUUUGUUUGAUUACAAGAAAAAUACAGAUGGUCACAUUAAUGAAGAAUACUGCAGCUGAUGCUACUGAAAACACUAAUGACUUUUCUCUCACUGUAGGAGGAAGGGUCAAAUGUUACCUGCCUGCAUUAUUGGAUCAGUGGAUCAAUGCACCUCUCUUUACUUAUUACUCUUCGAAAAUAUAAAAAUCAAUGUGCACAUGUUUCUCAGUGCAUUGCAAAAAUUUAGUGGAGUAGAAAGUAUAGACAUUUGUGAUGUAUGAAGUGAAGAGCACCCGAAAAUAGAUCUACUUAAGUACAGAUACAUGAAAAUUGAAGUACAGUAAAAAAUGUACUUGGUAAAAAUGUUUGAGUAAGUUUAAAACCACAACCUUCACAGGAGCAUGAAUCAGUCAAUAUACUGAUAAUUAUCGCCCUUGUAGUACAUCUGUAAUUCUGCAGCCAAACACAUAGCAUGUGACAUUUUUCCAUGUGUGGAGCACAUCACAUGACACUGGUUUAUACUGAUGCUGUUUUUAUCUCAGGCAAAUCACCUCCACUGUUAGAGUCGUCCCAUUCUACAUGAUUCAUGAGCAGUUUCGCAUUUGCUUUUAUUUAUAAUGCUGGAAAUGGAAAAAAAAACGAAAACAGAGGCCUUGGUGAAGCAGGGAUUGAAAAGGCCCUGCAGGGCUGGAAUGACCAGUUCAUGAGAGAAGUUAGAUUUUCUUUUUCCAAGGGAAGAGAGGGGGGGAAACACAUUUUCUCUUUUAAAUUUGCAUAUAUUGCAAGUUGCUCUCUCUCUCUACGCGUCAACAAUGAACUUAGUACAUUUCAACAAGCGCAGGGACCUUGGACUGCUCAUUAUUCUCUCCGCCCUGGGGCCCAUUGAAAAGCGACAUUGUUUCUUUAAGUUCGCGCUCGCACUCAUCCGCGGGUCUGUCCAUUGUUGAGGGAACAGAAAGCGAGUUGAGGUUUGAUAUCCGGGGGCCGGAGGAGACUAAGUUUGCGCAUAUCAUCAUCAUCAUCAUCAUCAGUGGAGCAGCUGCAGAGGAGGCAGACACAGUGAAGUCACCGACUGGUCGUGAACGCAUCCUUCCUUCCAGACAUGGGUUGCUAUGACUGCUGUAUGCGCUGUUUGGCUGGGGUGCCGUAUUGCUCCCUGGUCGCCACACUGUUGUGUUUCUCUGGCAUCGCCCUCUUCUGCGGCUGUGGGCACCAGGCGCUCACAGAGACAGAGAGACUCAUCGAGACUUACUUCGCCCGCAACCUUCAGGACUACAUCACCCUUGCCUACAUCAUACAGUAUUUCCAGUAUGUCAUCUAUGGCCUGGCCUCCUUUUUCCUCCUCUACUGCAUCGUGCUGUUGGCCGAGGGCUUCUACACGACCAGUGCUGCCAGGCAAACCUUCGGAGAGUUCAGGAGCACCAUGUGUGGCCGCUGCCUCAGCUCCUCGUUCAUAGUGAUGACAUACGUACUAGCUGUGCUGUGGCUGCUGGUGUUUGCCUUCUCCGCCCUGCCUGUCUACUUCUUCUACAACAUGGAUGCCACCUGCCACACUAUUGACGUCCUGACCGAGACCCCAGCGAGUAUCAACCAGCUCUGUGUCGACGCGAGGCAAUACGGGCUCCUGCCAUGGAAUGCGGUGCCAGGAAAAGCCUGUGGUAUGACUCUGUCCACUGUUUGCAAGACCAGAGAGUACCGAACGACCUACGACCUCUACAUCGCUGCCUUCGCCGGAGCGGGCAUCACUCUGCUGGCUCUGCUGACCUAUACUGUGUCGACCACCUAUAACUUUGCGGUUCUGCGGUAUCUGGGGAGAAAGGGGAUAGGCGCACGGUGUUAGGCUCACCAGCUUCCUGUCUGCUCUGUCACCAACAUGGGGCUCUAAAGGCAAAAACAACAAUUCUCUACUUCCACAUCAUCCUGCACGGGACCCCCUGUGGUUAUGGACUAGAAAUCUUGUCUUGUCUGUCUAUUUUUUAUUUUCCUUGUUGUCAACAUUAUUUUGUAUUUCCCUUUCUUUUUUGUAUGCAAGUGUUUUUUCUGCUGUGUUACUUCAUUAUUUUUCAGUUCACCAAAAAUAUUUGUAAUUCAUUGCUCUCGUUACUUGCUGAGGGUAGUGUCUUAAAUUCAUUUUGUUUUCCCAUCACAGUCUAAUAAUAACAGGACACUAAUAUAUUAACAUGUGCAAGAAAUAACCACCAACUGGCAACACAUCUGCAGCUCAAAUGCAGCUGUUACGGAGAAUGGGGGAUUAUAGGUUGUCUUAGCUACCGUCCUUCACAUCUGGUUGCUAUGGUGGCAGACAAGCGUGCAUUUGCCGUCUCACGCUGACCUCAGGACUUUUCUCACGAGCUGGAGAAAGGCCUCAACAAUGGAGUCAUGCCUGUUGUGAGAGCUGACCAAUCAGGAUCCAGCUCCGGGGGCCACCUGCGCUAUGAGUCUCUGCCAAGGGUUAUAUUACACGUCAAGGGAGAGGGUCGCCUGGACAAAGAGAGGGUUAGACCUCUCCAAAACCCACAAUGCAGCUCUUCUGCAUGUGGGCAGCAACCACACAGACACACAACACAUCCACAUGCUGCCGCCUGACCCCUACCCCCGCCCCUGAAUAAUGGAAAUUGUAGAUUCAGAUUGGAUGAAGAGGCAACUGAAGGAAUUUUAGAUGAUCUCGAAUAGUUUCUUUGUGACAAAGGGACAUAAUUGUUUAGUUCUGAUCUAGAAAGGUCUGAAAUUGUUUCUCAUCAUUUUGAGAUGGCUAAAGCACUAGGUGCUAACUUAUCGAGUAACCUCACAUUAUUAGAUGCAAAACAUAUUGUUGAGGUGUGACUCCCCCCUGCAUGACAGAGGUACUUUUAUAGACGUAGGACAUCUUUGUUUUGUCUCUAAUACUUUUAGGAGUUGUGUUGUAGUUAUUGUAUAAUAACUCUUUUUUACUUACUUUAUCUGAAUUUACUUUUACUAAACGUUUUGUAACAUAAUCAGUAGGAUUAUUUACGGUGGCUGAGAGAGCUCAACGCACUGCAAAUUAAGAAAACAUGCAAAUAGAAAAACCACGUGAAUUAAGAAAACAACUUCAUCAAUUUGGCGACACAUGCACUGCAAAAAGUCACAACACAAACAAACUGAAGAAGUGAUGAACCUGGCUGUAGUUCAAUGCUUUGUGGAGUUCCAUCACCACUGACCAGUAGCAGACUUCAAUUACUUCACAAAACAUUGAACUAAAGCCAGGUUCAUCAGUUUUUUGGGUCCCCUGGAAACAAGUGUCGCUGGUUGUAGCAAUGUUUCUGUAUUCGCUUGUGUUGUCAAAUUAAUUAAGUUGUUUCCUAAAAUUGCACGUGUUUUUUAUUUGCAUGUUUACUUGAUUUGCAGUGCGUUGAGCUCUCUCUGCCACAGUCAUUAUUCUAUGUGGUGGAAGUUUCACCCAACUCUAGAUGGUGGAUUUGUCAAGUGACAGCUGGUUGUUUAAUGAUUACUUUUUUUGCGUUGGUAAUAUUUGAUAAUAAAAUGAAUAUUCUUUCAAUUA